UUUAGUGAAGAAGUGGCAGAACCAGGUGGAGGAAAGAACAUUCUGCGAAUAGGCAGCGAGAGCGCUGUGUGUAGCAAGACAGAUUAAGUGUAUAUGAAAGCCGGACGAAAGGAAAGAGGAAUCUCUGAAGGAGAGAGAUGGGUGGCGGCGAGAGAUAGUUGCAUGUAGGAAAUGGCAUCGUUCUUCAGUGAGUAGUAUCUCGACUGAAUGAUGCUUAAUUUAAAGAGUAAUUACAAUACGGAGUUAGAUUAGUACCGGUAGACACGCAAUACCAGCUGCGAAGACGUCACGACUUUCACAAGAGAAUUAGUUUCUUGUGCCUUAUGUGAUGGACCUCUAUUUAUACGGAAUUUUUGUUUUAAAUCUUCAUCACUCGAGCCGGUUCUGGCAACAUAAUCCCCCUUUAAAGUUGCUUUAAGGAGCAGCAUUUUCAAUUUGUUGUCAAAAUGUUUCGAGCCUGUUGCCGUCUGCGCUAUUAUUUGCGCCUCAGGUGCACAACAUGUAAUAUCAUUAUCCUUCUCGUUUUACUCUCUGGUUCGCAAGUAUGGAUUUGGUGUAGGCGGCAACAGGUAAAUCCGGAAACAACAGACAUAGAUGAGUUCCCUAUGGAUCACGUAAAACAUGGACGGGAAAGAAUGGCCGAACAUAUUGCUGGUUUGUCCGCUUAUUCCUACCAAAUGCGUCCGGUAAACUGUGGUCAAGUUUUUAAAGGUGAUAAAGAAGAAAUAAAACGAUCAUCAAAGAUUGGAACUAAUUCGAAAUAUUACCGUAAAUAUUUCUUACAAGAAUUUAAAAGUUGCAAAGUUAUCCGUGAGUCAUCUAAAUACAUUUUCAAUGUUUCUGAAGAGGAGAAACAGUUUCCUAUUGCUUUCAGUAUUCUUUUAUAUAAAGACUUUUUCCAAGUGGAGCGUUUAUUACGAGCUAUAUAUCGACCAAGUAAUAUAUAUUGCCUUCACAUCGAUGCCAAGUCAUCAAAAAGUCUUCACGACAAUAUCAGGCGUUUAGCAGCUUGUUUUGACAAUGUCUUCAUUGCUUCAAAACUUGAAGAUGUUAUAUAUUCUGGUUUUUCUCGUCUACAGGCAGAUUUAAAUUGUAUGUCGGAUCUCCUAAAAACUAACAUCAGCUGGAAAUACUUCAUCAACCUUCCUGGUCAAACAUAUCCCUUGAGAACAAAUCUAGAGCUAGUGAAGAUUCUAAAAAUCUACAAUGGUUCAAAUGAUAUUGAAGGCAUAACUGGGGCACGUAUGUUGACUGGCCGUUUCAAAUAUGUUUAUAAAAUUGCUGAUGUUAAAGGAAAAAAGACAUUAGAAAAUACAUACAAGAAAAAACUUCCACCGCCCCAUAAUAUAAGUAUAGUAAAAGGAAGUGCUUACGGUGUUUUUUCUAGAAAUUUCGUGAAAUUUGUAAUAUCAGACCAACGAGUACAAGACUUUGUGAAAUGGCUUGAAGAUAUUAACAGCCCAGAUGAAUACAUUUGGGCAACAUUACAUCAUACUAAGUUAAAUCAACAUUUGAACACACCUGGUGGCUACAAAGGAGAUCCUGAUAAAAAGCCAUGGUUGGCAACUUAUGCCAUCUGGAAAGGACUAGCACCUUGUUCUGGAAUCUGGGUUCGGAGCAUCUGUGUUUUUGGAGUUGGUGAUAUCCCUCAUCUGAUACAGAAGAAACAACUGUUUGUGAACAAAUUUUAUUUCAAUUUGCAGCCAGUUGCAUUGAACUGUAUGGAGGAAUGGUAUUUUCACAGAGUACGAUCACCACUUAAAUUAGAUCUGGAAUAUUAUAGAAAACUGCCCUUUGUCAACUCUUGAAGACAUCUAACUGCCAUGGUGAGAGGUGUGUAAGUGUGCAUGCAUGCGUAUGUGUGUGUGUGAGAGAGAGAGAAGGAGAGAGUGUGUUGAGAGAGGGAGUGUUGGAGAAAGUGAAGGAGGAGUAUGAAAACUGAUCAGAAGAUAAUGAAAGAGAAGACAAAAAUGAAUAAGUGAAAUCAGUAAAUGAGAAAAUGAAGGUGACAUUUAAUCACUCUUGGCUGACCAUCAAUCAAGAUGGCAUCUAAUUGCACUAAAACUUAACAAUGCUCUUCCAGCACCAAAUUUACUAAACAUAAAUGAACUUUAGUUUUUUGAUUCAUUGACAUAGAAUUCACUGGAUUGAAAUUUCAUUGUAAUCACAUCAUAGAAACCCGUUGUUUCUGUUCAUGUCUGUUUUUAGGUAGAUUUAAUUUAAGAUGCUAAUUUAAAAAUUAAUAUGGACUUGAUGUUAAUUAAAGACACUUUUCUAGUUAUUGAACCUGUCAUACUAAAUUAAACAAGGGACUAGAUUAUUGAUAUCUAUUUUAUUAAUCUUAGAGAAAGUCCUAGAAUAAACAUUAAGGUAAUCUUCCAAUAUUCUUUAUCAAAAAGACAAUGAAAAGCAUUAGAACUGUUUAGACUUACACCCAGAGUAUUUCUUUGUUAUAAAAACCUCACUUUCAGAGUAUAAUCAAUGCAAAUUCUAAAAAUAAAUGAUCAAAAUUUCUUUUAUACAUCACUUUCUCAAUUAAUUUCUAAGACAAUCUAUUAAGUUUUAAUCAAUAUCACUAGUAAAAUAAUUCAGAAAUUAUUCCAUUACUGAAUGAAAAUUAAUCCAGAGAUAGGGAAAAAAACAAAAAACAACUGACAGAUUCAGAUGUGCUUACCUUUUUUAAACAGUCACCAAAAGCUAACUUUUUAUGAUGUAGCAUUUAAUUAUUCUUUUCUUUUCAUUUUUUUCUUCUCUUAGAAGAUCAACAAGGUAAUAUUACAUGCUGUAUUACAUAUCUUUGUGUAGUGAGAACAUAAUACAUAGUUUUCAACUCUUUAUUAUUUUACAAUUUGGUUAUGGUUGCACGGGAACAACGAGAAAUGAAUAUUUUCGUAAUAAUAAAAUAAAUAAUAAUAUUUCUUUGUUGAUAUUUCUAGCUGAUAUGAACCAUGACAGAUUGAAGUGCAAUCUUGCUUAUCUUUUAUGUUGUGGUAUAGUUUCAUAGUCCACAACAAAUCUAUAAUUAUGAAACUAUACUAGUGGACAAUUUUCACCUUCCAAAUUCAUUUUAGAUUUAUUUCAAAACACAAAUUAAAUGAAGUAUUUUGUUGGGGAAACAAUUUUUUCAUUACCUGAAGAAUUCUAGCCAAGAUUUGUUUGGCCAGCUUACCCUUAUAAUCAUCACAUUUGCAUAAAAGUUUACUGCGUGAAUAAACAUUCCAUUCACUGGAAAAAUCCAUUCAUUACUCAAUGCCGAAGUAGUACUUCUGCAAAACCAUUUAUGAAUUAUUUCAUUGUUUAUUCAGCUCCUAUAGUUUAUAACUUUCAGCAACAGUUUCCUUAUACCCCCCACCCCCAUCCCCACCAUCGUUGCUGUUGGUUUUUAAUUACAAAAUUGCGAUAAGAUGUCCUUCCUAUAACCCGUUGGCUUGAUAAUUACACUUAACUCGUAUCUAUUGGUGUUAAUCUUCACCAAUCAAAGAAACAUCACUCAUGCUAAAGUCGAAACUGUUAAUGUUCUCUUUUCAAGAAACAACAUAGAAAUUAGUUUCCAUUUUAAAACCAUUUUGGCAACCACUCACCCGUCACAUCAAAACCAGCAGUUGAUGUUUGGCAAUGCAUGUAGUAAACAUGCUCAAAUGAAUUCUUCUGUGAAAUCAUUUCAAUCUGAAUAGGAAACAAACGAUUUAGCUUUCAAAUAAAAUUCCAAACUGCUAAAUAACUUAGCAGUACUAAGACAUUAAGUGUUACACAAUUAAGGCAAAUAUAUGCUUGAAACAAAUUCUUAAACGAAAUUUUCAAAGAAAUAAUACUAAGCUACUAUAACCAUUGUGCUUCAUAUUGACAAUGUUUAGAUAGAGGAUAUCAUGCAUACAAACCUCAUGGCCAUGCUACCAGACCUAUGGCUAGGGGACUGUAUUGGUCUUUUUUUAAAUCAGAAAAUCUGGUGAUUGCCAAUGCAGCAUUUAUUAACACAAUUCUUCACAUUAGCUUUAUGGAUUGAAAAAAA